AUGGCCGGCGAAAGACUCAGUUCGAUUCUCAAACAUUUGACUCCUGGUUCUUCCGGAUUGUCAUCCAUCACCUCUAAGAAUGCCGACGAUAUAGUCAUUACCCUCGCAAUCCGAACCCCGCUAGCGAAGAGUUUCAAAGGAGGAUUCAAGGACACACAGCUCGACUACCUCAUAUACGCGCUGUUGCAGCAAGUCGUCCAGAAGUCAAAACUCGAUCCACAACUCGUGGAAGAUAUCUGCUGUGGCAAUGUCUCCGAAGGCAAAGCCUCAUACAUUGUCCGCGCCGCCGCUCUCGCAGCCGGCUUCCCGAAUACGACCGCCUCCUCAACUGUGAACCGAUUCUGCUCGUCCGGCCUCAAAGCCACCCAAGACAUCGCGAACCAAAUCUCCUCCGGUAGCAUCGAUAUUGGUGUUGCUAUUGGCGCAGAGUCGAUGUCCGUGGGUGGCGACCGUCUUGAGCGUCCCUUCCACCCCGAGAUUCUCAAGACCCAAGAAGCGGCCGAUUGUAUGCAGCCCAUGGGGCAAACAUCUGAGAAUGUUGGCAAGGAUUUCAAUAUUUCUAGAGAACAGCAAGAUCGGUAUGCGGCGGAGAGCUAUAACCGUGCAGAGAUUGCACAGAAGGCUGGGUGGUUUGAUGAUGAGAUUGUGCCAAUUACUACUGAAGUCAAGGAUCCCAAGACUGGGGAGGUCAAGAAGGUAACUUUGACAAAAGAUGAGGGUCCAAGAUACGGCACUACUUUCGAGGCUUUGAACAAGAUCCGCCCUGCUUUCCCAGAUUUCGGGGAUAAAUCUACUGGUGGAAAUUCCAGUCAGGUUACGGAUGGAGCUGCUGCAGUCCUUCUCAUGAAGCGGUCCCGCGCCAUCGAGCUCGGCCAACCCAUCCUCGCCAAAUAUGUCGGCUCCACUGUCGCAGGUCUUGCUCCUCGUAUUAUGGGUAUCGGCCCCUCAAUCGCCAUUCCCAAACUCCUUACAAAAUACAACAUCACGGUUGACGACCUCGACGUUAUUGAAAUCAAUGAAGCCUUCGCAUCUAUGGCAGUCUACUGCAAGGAUGUGCUAAAGCUGCCGUACGAGAAGAUGAACCCCCGAGGUGGAGCUAUUGCCUUGGGUCACCCGUUGGGUGCUACUGGUGCGAGACAGAUUGUGACUGGACUGAGUGAAUGCAGGAGGCAGAAGAAGAAGAUCUUGUUAACAAGUAUGUGUAUUGGGACUGGACAGGGAAUGGCUGGACUGUUUGUCAAUGAGCAAUUGUGA